UUAGAAGUAAUAAACAUUGAUUCAAUAACAUCUAGCAAGUUAAUAUCAACAUUAUAUUAUCCACGAUAUUCUAUAGCAGAAUGGAAAGAAGCCAUAGAUAAUAGCAAAUAUGAAAUAAAUGCACUAAUAAAAGUUGUAAAUUCACUUGAGUCUGAAGAAAAAAAAAAUCUUUUAACUGCUGGAAAAGAGAAUUGUUUGAAGCGUUUAAAAAAUAAAUUUCAAAAAAUGAAGGGAUCGGAUAAACUGCUCAUUCCAUUUAUGGUCGAGGGCGAAAAUAUUCAGCAGAUCUUUGCUACAAUGAUUGAUUAUGACGAUUUUAAAGCCCUGAUUUAUAAACGAAUCUUCCUUCGAUCAUGA